AUGGGAGUCACAGGCAUUCAGAGCCAGCACGUGGGCUACGAUCUUGUGGAUCUCAAGCCUGAUAGAAGGGAAGGCAUGGAAGAAGCACAGCUGUGGUCUUUUGGGGCCUGGGGUGGGGGGUGGGGGUGUCAGGGAGGGGCGUGGAGAAAUGAGUGGUGUAAGCAAAACUAUCCUCUAUUUUUGACUACAGGAAUGUGUAAGAAGCAUCAACGUACCUCAUUCACCCACCAACAGCUUAUAGAGUUGGAGGCUGUAUUUAGCCAGACCAUGUUUCCAGAUAAAAAACUCAAGAGCGAACUAGCUAUGAAGUUCAACCUACCAGAGUCAUCAGUAAAGGUUUGGUUCAGAAACAGGCGAUUCAAAUGGAGGAAGCAGCGACGGCAGUCACUAAAGCAACUCAACCAGGUCCUUCAAGCUGGGAAGAAUAUGCCCACCCUCCCCGGAACAUCCACUGAUCCUUACUCCUUUUUCCCAAUGGUUUCAGAUUCCCAUAGCUCUCUUCCACCUCAGCCCUUAAACCCUUGCAAUCAGGAAUGGGAUUCUCCCUUUGCAGAGAAUCCCACAAAUGAUUUCCAAAUGCAGGAUCUUCAUUUGGAGAGGCUAGUGGCCUCGGUUCCUGCUUUGUACCCAGGUGCCUGGGACAUAGCAGAAAUCAUAUACCUGUAUAGUUUUCCUGAUGAGGAUGAGCUAUCCAGAUUUGCCUUCCACAGUCUAUUUCACUAUCUCUCACCCACAAGGCCCCAUCUAGAACAAUAAGGUUCCACCUCUCUCAGAAGCUGGGCUGGGGAAGCUGUAGGUUUAUCUCCUGGGCCACACUGGACCAAUACAACAAGACACCUGGGAAAGAUCAGGGCCGGGAGAGGACAACCAUCCACUUGUCAUGACAAGGAAUCGGAGAAACAGAAACAGGACAGCAUGUCACUUGCACAAAUUGCUGCUUCAGCCAGUGAUGGACUUCGAACUCUGUCCUGUGCUGCAGCCGAGGCGGCCCAGCCAUCUCCAUGCAAUUGCCUUGCUCACAAUCGAGACGCAGGUGCAGCCGAUGCUGACUCAGCCCGUACCAUUCAGGUUUGCAUGGUGCCAAAGUCUCCAGAUGGUACAAGCCAGGUGUCGUCCUAG